GCGCAGCCAUGCGGGUGUGGGCAGCGCUGAGGGCGGCGGGGACGGCGCCGGGAGCGUUCCGGGAGCGCUUCGAGUUCGGCGGCCGCGAUGUGGCCUCGUGGUUCCCGCGGCACAUGGCCAAAGGCCUGCGGCAGAUGCGCCUGGCGCUGCGCCGCGCCGACUGCCUGGUGGAGGUGCACGACGCUCGGAUUCCGCUGUCGGGCCGGAACCCCGCGCUGCAGGAGGCGCUGGGCAUCCGCCCUCACGUCCUGGUGCUGAACAAGGUGGAUCUGGCGGAUCCCCGCCGGCAGCCGGAGGUUUUGGAGCAGCUCAGGCAGCAGGGAUGCUCGCACGUAGUGUUCACUGACUGCCAGCGUGAUGUCAAUGUCAAGAAGGUUGUCCCCAUGGUUGCCAGGCUGGUGGCUGAUGGCCCACGCUACCACAGGGCCGAGAGCUCCGAGCACAACAUCCUGGUGAUCGGCGUGCCCAACGUGGGCAAGUCCUCGCUCAUCAACUCCCUGCGGAGGCUGCACCUCAAGAAGGGCAAAGCCACUGCGGUGGGGGGAGAGCCAGGGAUCACCAAGGCAGUGCUGUCCAGGAUCCAGGUGUGUGAGAAGCCCCGGAUGUACCUGGUGGACACCCCCGGCGUGCUGCCCCCCCGGCUGGGGGAUGUGGAGACGGGCAUGAAGCUGGCACUCUGUGGAGCCAUCCGUGACCACCUGGUGGGGGAGGACGUCAUGGCCGACUACCUGCUGUACACCCUGAACAAGCAGCAGCAGUUCAGGUACGUGCAGCACUACGGGCUGGGCCAGCCCUGCGACCACAUCGAGGCCCUGCUCAAGCACGUGGCCCUCAGCCAGGGCCGCACGCAGAAGGUGAAGGUGCUCACAGGCACAGGGAAUGUCAUAAUGACGGUGCUCAACUACCCAGCUGCUGCCUACGAGUUCCUGCGGGACUUCCGAGCAGGACGCCUGGGCAGGGUGACACUGGACUGAGACCCGUCAUGGACAGGCACUGCCGGCAGCCAUGGGGACUGGGGACACCCUGGUGCCCCUUGGAGCUGGGGACACCUCAGCAGGGAGCCGUGGGGUGUGACUGAAGCGGCUCUGCCAGGGCUGUCCCUGAUUUUGGGCAAGAUGCCGCAGGGACAGGAUGCCCUGUGGUGUCGCUGUUGUGAUGCUCCCAUGGAGAGCCUGGGGCAGGGCUGGUGCCCCCGGCUGGCACCUGGAAGCCGCCAGGGAGCUGCUUCCUCGCCAGGGAGCUGUUUCCUCUCUGGGUUUGGCUUGCUUUGGAGCCUCCAUCCCGAAAUAAAAGCCUGUGUGGGCAGGGGCCGAGCUCUGGCCAUCCCAGGGU